UAUAUUUUUCCACAUUGGUUAAAUGUUGCAGCCGCUGUAUAAUUCAUGCUGGGGAGUUCUGUUGAUUUGAUAGCACAGGCUACUAUUUUAUGCAAUUUUUCUAUUGCUGACAAUUUGGCUAUUACCUUUUACUUGCCAUAGAAACAGUUAAACUAAUAUUCUGUAGAAGUUUUAAAUAACCAUCAGGUUAAAACUUGCUUAUUUGGUUUAUGAUUUUUUUUUCCUCCACUGCCAGCACAUGACAAUUCAGAACUCAUUGUAGUGGAAUGUGUCGCUAGUGUGGAAAUAUGCGAAUUGCAUGCAAUGGGAAAAAAUGAUCGAAGCCGCUUUUUACAAUCAUGAAAGUGCCUUCGUGCAGCGGCUUUCAUCUCUGCCUCCCGCAUUAGGGAACCAGCUCAUAGGAAGCGCCUACAGAAAGCAAGAUGCUCAUUCGUUUCUGAGACGCCACGCGAGCAGGGCAACGACAUGUAACCUGGAUUUACAGGUGAAGGUGACACACUAAGAGGAUUUUGUCAUUAAAAGAAGUUGUGAAUUUGAAACAGCUGUUCGGACGUAACUUUUGUUUUAAUUUCCGCGUGGUUUCAAUUGAAAACCAGUGUCUUUCAGUAAGCCAAUGUGACAUAUCCUGCAAACUGAGAUGGCUUGAAUUUGUGUCAAGAAACCCUUUUGGGCAAUGAAGAAUAAACGUCCUCUCCACUUGAAUGUUUGUGUGCAUGUGGGAUGACGUGGAUCACACGCUAUGGGCCAGGUGCUGUCAAACACAUGAACACACACACAGAAACACAUGCAGAUGAAUCAGCGCUCUCAAACAUAUGCCAAUUCUGCAAAAUGAAUCUCUCCUCAGAGCACCACAAAGCAGAGCUGCAUUUUUUUCACUUACUGCCGCAUGAGAAUGGAUCACUGGGAGGCACGGGGAAGAUGAGCGAUUUACAGGACAGCGCCGAGCUGGAGAGGCUGGUCCUGCUGACCAUCAGGGAGCCCACGACCAUCGCCCUCACUGUCAUGUACACUCUUUCCUUCGUGGUGGGGUUCAUUGGGAACAUCAUGUCCAUCAGGGUGCUGACCAGCAAACGAAGCAAAAGGCUGGCUGGGGUGAGCACCACCCGGACCCUGCUGAUCAACCUGGCCGUGUGUGACCUCAUGGUGGUGUGCGUCUGCAUGCCCAUCACCCUGGGCAACAGGAUCUACACGGCCUGGGUAUAUGGGGACUUCCUGUGCAGGGCGGUGCCCUUCACCCAGGCGGUGUCCGUGUCAGCCAGCGUCCUCAGUUUGACCGUCAUCAGCGUUAACAGGUACUACAGCGUCCACAGCCCUCUCACCGCCAGGUCCUUCUUCACCUGGCGGAAGAUUUUCUGGACCAUUGUGGUGGUGUGGGUCCUGUCCUCUAGCAUCUGCAUGCCCCUCAUCUUCAUGAACAAGCGGGACGAGAUCCAGCCAAUUGAGGAUCGGCCUUUCGUCUUCCAUGUCUGCAGGGAGAUCUGGCCUCAGGAGAGGCUCAAGCAGGUCUACAACGUCCUGCUGUUUGUCACCCUCUACUGUCUCCCGGUCACCUUCAACCUGAUCAUCAGCUUCCUGACGGGGCGGAAGCUGUGGAGUACUUCCCGCCACUUCUCUGAGCUUGACUCCCGCAGCCGGGCCGUCCAUUCCUCGCGCCUAAAGACCCGCAAGAACAUCGCCAAGAUGGUGGUGGCCCUGGUCCUGGUGUUCGCCAUCUCCUGGCUGCCCCUCUACAUGGCCGACAUCUGGAUCGACCGCGAGGAGCGGCCGCCUCCCUGGAUCUGGAAGCUGCGGCCCUUCGCCCAGUGGCUGGGCCUCACCAACUCCAGCCUGAACCCCAUCUGCUACUGCUUCAUUGGAGACUUGUACCGCUCGGCCAAGGUCAUCAAAAGCAGGUACCACCAGAGGAUCAUCUCCUUCUUCAGCUCAUCCUUCACAGAGGAGCAGACUGCCUCCACGCCCCUGCCCAAUCUGCUGUCCUUCAAAGUGCCAGAGGUUGAGGCGCAUGGGGAGACCAUCUGUCAGGUGACAGAGGAGCACUUUUCUGACUGGUACCCUCACAGUACUGUGUGUGAGACUCCACCCACGUCCAGCCAGCAAGUGUCUCUGCAAACACUCUCGGGCAGGAGAGGCUCCGGGAGCAUGUCUGACCAGACGAGCCUCUAGCCUGUGAUUGUAAUCAGCGCUGCUGUGCUAUUUGUGGCCCCUCUUCACUCAACAUGCUCACAUCAGAAUGCUGACUCGUACUGCACAGACAUUGGUCUACAACCUGUUGCCUUAGCGAAUUUUUUUGAAUCAUUUGGUAAAACAAGUAUAUCUCUAUAAGGGAACACAUGACCACACUGAGGUCAUCAUCAUGAGCGAUUCAUUUUGUAAAUUGAACUCAGUGUGUUGUGGAAUAGACAGUGAAAUGCUUCAUACUGUAACAAUCAUGAGUGGAUUUGUUGAGAUUUAUCAAAAAUAAUUUACAGAUUGUGACUGCUGUAUGUUGAUGUAUGUACAUCGUUACAUUCAUCCAUCUGAAAAAAAUCACAGUUGUACUUGAUUCAGUGUUCACCUUUAACUUUGUAUUUCUGUUUACUACUUGGGUGUUUUAGUUGGCCAUUGUUUCCAGUGUUGAAUAAUGUUUACAUGUCAUUGACUUGCUGUUUUAUAGACAACCUAGACUGGCACUGGCCCCAUAAUGUUGAUCUUAAUGUACCAAAACUUUAAUGAGAUAUGGGUGUAUAAGUCAUACUUAGGCCAGUGUAAGACAGCUGUAUGUAACCACUGAAAAUAGAAUAACCAAAGUCUGUCUUAUUGUCAGGCUUAGUCAUAAACUUUAGCUAUUUAUGCAACACUUCCCAGAGAUGUAAUUUUCUUGUUUAAUUACCCAAUGAAAAGUAACAGAAAUUAAUGGUUUAAUCUCUGAGAUACCAGACAUUUUAUGCAUAUGCUUCAAAUGAAUUUGGCUUCUUUCUGAAAAAUGACAGCAGUAUAUUUUAUAAUAAGGCGUAAAUUAAUUUAUUUUACAUUGUCAUCUGCUACAAACACGUUUUACCACUUAAAUUUUAUACAAUAUAUGGAAUGCAUGUACUGUACAUUAAAUGUUCAAAUUCAGUGUGUUAAUAUUAAUUGGAGUGUGUGCAUGACAGAUUAAGACACUCCUUUCAGGAUAGUUAAGAUUAUUUAAUGGGGAGUUCUGUACAUGCACAGGUUUCAGGGACCACAGUAUGCUAGGCUGGCAGCACCAUUCAGAGACAGUAAGCAGGUUAAUUAACUACAGAUUUCUUCUCAAGGAAGAGAGAUGUUAAGGCUGACGGGGACGCGGAGGUCAGAAGGAUAACAAAAGAAGGGUCACCCCCACCUGUCAUUUUGAAAGUCUCCUGAGGAUGCCUGGCAAUGACAGGGAAACUUGUAAACUCCUAGCAAUGUGCAGCUGUGUCUGAUUAAAAGCAAUUGUUUUGGAACGUC